GACAGUACUAGCUCUAGGUUGAUUCAGUCGAACCUGCGGACUCUCAGGUGAUUGGCUGGAGGUGGAUGACAUCAUUAAAAGUCCACCGCCUCAGCCGCUCGCUAAACUCCUGGAAAGAGAUCAGAGGCGCUCGCGCAGAUGGGAGCCACAUCUGGUGGAUUGUAAACCGACUCGAUCUAGAGAAAACCAUCCGCUCGAGGUGUGUUUAUGUGAGCAGCCAGUCGCGAUGUUGAGAGACUUAAUGAGCUUCUCUCCGCUGGCGAGAGCCGCGCGCGUCAAGAGCGCAUGAUGUGAAAAGCAACAUGAGGAAAGCCAUCUAAUAAUCUUGAGCAGAAACUUGACGGAGUGAAUGAGGAAGGGUGGAUUCUUUUUCUUUCUUUUUCCCUUCUGGCUGGCUGAGCAUUUUUAAAAUCAUGCAACAUGAAUGUAACUAACAGCACUGAAGCAGAGGGACUCGCGCCCUGGAACUUCAACGGCUCGCUGAGCAAUGUAUCCAGUGAUGUCAACUUCAGUUGUGACAGCAGCAGGACCAAUGGCUCGUGUGCAGCGGUUGUGGCGGACAGUUACAGCCCAAACAGGACGGUGGAGAUGGUCUUCAUUGCACUGGUUACAGGAUCUCUCAGUUUUGUCACCGUUGUGGGCAACAUCCUUGUCAUGCUCUCAAUCAAGGUCAAUCGACACCUACAGACCGUCAACAACUACUUCCUCUUCAGCCUGGCCUGUGCAGAUCUCAUCAUCGGUGUGUUCUCCAUGAACCUUUACACCGUCUACAUCAUCAAGGGCUACUGGCCGCUCGGCCCUGUUGUGUGUGACCUGUGGCUCGCGCUGGAUUACGUGGUCAGCAACGCUUCUGUCAUGAACCUGUUAAUCAUCAGCUUCGACCGAUACUUCUGUGUGACCAAACCCCUGAGUUAUCCGGCACGCAGAACCACCAAGAUGGCCGGCCUCAUGAUCGCCUCCGCCUGGAUCCUGUCUUUCAUCCUGUGGGCUCCUGCUAUCCUGUUCUGGCAGUUCAUCGUCGGAGAACGGACUGUAGAGCCUGGUGAAUGUUACAUCCAGUUCCUUUCCAACCCCGCGGUCACGUUCGGCACGGCCAUCGCUGCGUUCUACCUGCCAGUGGUCAUCAUGACGGUGCUUUAUGUGCACAUCUCUCUGGCCAGCCGCAGCCGUGUGUCCAAGCAGAACCCUGAGGCAAAGAAGGAGAAGAAAGGCCCAAAAUCUAGCGGUCUCCUCAAGAGUCACAUCUUGAAGCAGAACAACAACAACCAGUCUCCUCCUAAACCUAGCCUGGAUACCUGUUCUACAGUGGACACCAUGAAGAACGGUAAACUAGACGAGUCUGUGGUGUCCGCUAAAGCUGACUCCUGCGUGCAGCCGGAGGAGAAGGAGAGCUCGAAUGACUCCAGCACAGUCAGCAUAGCUCCUAAAGAGCCUAAAGAACGGGCGAACAGUGAGGUGACUUCAGAGGCCGGCUUGACACCCGUGCCCACCGCCGCUCCUAAACUCAACCCUCAAUCCAAAUGGUCCAAGAUCAAGAUCGUCACCAAACAAGCGGGAGAUGAGUGCAUCACAGCCAUCGAGAUCGUCCCGCCUAACAGUGCCAGCGAGAGGCGCUCCAUUCCUGUGAACCGUCCCCGCACAGUGGCGCGCAAGUUUGCCAGCAUCGCCCGCAGCCAGGUGAAGAGGAAAAGGCAGAUGGCGGCACGAGAGAAGAAAGUGACAAAGACAAUCUUUGCCAUCCUGCUGGCCUUCAUUAUCACAUGGACGCCAUACAAUGUAAUGGUUUUAAUCAGCACAUUCUGCCAGUCGUGCGUUCCAGACACAGUCUGGGCCAUUGGCUACUGGCUCUGCUACGUCAACAGCACCAUCAACCCCGCUUGCUAUGCACUCUGUAACGCCACCUUCAAAAAGACCUUCAAAAACCUGCUCAUGUGCCAGUAUAAGAACAUCGGCACCAGAUGAACGAAGGGAAGAAGCAGCUAGCGAAGAUGGAGAUAUGAUAUGGAAGGUACAAAGGCUGUCCCAGCACUGUGCAGUAAAUUGUGAGGCUUCAUAGUCAUAAUGCUGAAACAGUGUGUCAUAACCAAAAGUUAAUGUAUUAAGGAAUCAAUGUUUACAAGAGGGUGAUGGAGCAAUGGACAAGAGACUGAAUCACUGAAGAAAUCAAGUGGAAGUCAUGAAACAAAUGACUUUUCCAGUAAUCUGAUCAUUGCUCUAUUGCUAAGACCACUGGAACUCUGCACUAGAGUAAUGUGAAGAUCAAGACAAAGACUAUGCUUUAGACAGGCCAGUGGCUUUUUUCCAAAAGUUCAGAAUCACAGCAAAUUAGCAAACCAACCAACAGCAAACAAACAGAGACUUGGCGAAUAAUAGGAUUUUAUUGAUUCAUUUAUAAUCCCAGGAUAGCACAAAUGUUAUCAAUUUCAAGUCCUUUUGGUUAGUAGAAACACUGGUUCUAAGCCAGACUUCUGUGACAGGAUGCUCAUUUGUCAUACAGAGGUGAAGAUGAUGUGAUUGGAGAACAUACUACAGCCAAAACCCAUAACAUCUGGAAAAGUUACCAUUACCAUGUUACCAUGUGGAAAAGCUUUCUGUUCGACUGUUCCUGAAAGCAUGACGAUGCCAAGUGAGAUUCGGUUUCCUAUACCUGCACCCUCCAUUUCCAAAUGAAGGAAGUCACAUGCUGAAGCUGACCACAACAGCUGUGUAUUCCAUUACAUUCAUAGGGACCAAUAUUUCAGGGCAUGUGGUUCAGCUUGGGAGAAGUUAGUCAUCAUUAUCCUCUUAGCGUGAUCCUCUUGAGGAUCUGGAAUAGGUCAAAAUUGAAAAGGAUCUCAAUGGAUUUGGAUAGGCAUUAUAGACUUGAAAUGGGAUGAGACACUCUAUACUGAGCUGAGAAAUGUCACUGUAAGGGUUUGUUCUUACAGAGGUGUGUAAAUAUGUUUAGUUCUGAUGAAUAUAUGCUCUUGAAAGUAUUAUUUCUUCCCUGCAUUUAAUGUAUGGAUGUUUGUGUUCCUCUUGUGUUUAGUUGGUGAUCUUCAUGUGAUUUUACAGAUUAAAUAUUAAAUGUAUUGCCGUCUGUAUGCAAAACUGUUGAAACCAUUUAUAAUUUGUGAUAUACUUGGCAAAAAAAAAAAAAAAAAUUAUUAGAGAUGAUUAGUACAUUUAUUUAACCUGUUUAUAAGAUGUUCGAUUUCAAGCAUUUCAUUUAAAUCAAGGCACAAAGGACUGACCCUAAAUUUGAGAGACGGAAAAUUGGUUUUAUUUCCCGCUGUAAACCACCAUGUUGAUUUAGUAGAUACCCACUUCAUGAUAUUGUUUCCUCAUGGUGCAAUAUAGUUUUGCCUAGUUUGUGUUUAAAUACACAGUUUGUAGCUGAUGAAACCGCAGCAUGUUAACCAGCAGGAAUGAUCUCCCACAGUUAGCUUGAGGACAUGUGGUCAGAAUUAGCCGAGAGGGAGAAAUGUGUUGAUGUUUUAGGGCUCAUGAUGUUACAUCAUUAACAAGCUGCCCGGUUUCAGCGAUUACAGACUUUAAAGCAUUAAACCAAAGAGGUUGUGGCGCUCUGGUCUGUUACUAGGCCUGGUCUGGAAGAGAGAUUAUUCAGUCAUUAGCAUCAUUUUAAGAUGCAGAGACUUGCCUCUCUAACAUCUUGGGUUUGGUUUCAUGUUUCUACCUCAUAAUCAAAUUUCCAUUCAUAGCAUCUGUGUCUCCAAACCAGCUCUGAAUCUCUUUUUAAUGAGUGCUAAAGACAGACUAAGUGACUAUUAUGCCAUUGAAAAAGAAUUUAAAACCAGAGUUCCAUUUUUCUUUUUCAGAAUGUUUUAAAUUUCCCAGUCUUCUUCUGAUAAAUGGAGUAUAUUGAAGUAGGCUGUCCACUACAUAUCUUAGUCAUUCAAAAACGUGCUUUUAUAAAAGUAUGCCCAACUGUGAUCCAACUCUAAGAAGACUUCACAUUGGAAUAUCAGUAUCACCAAGAGAGUUCUUCAUGUAACAGUACUAAAGAAAUUCAAUCAUGCAAUCUGAUCAGUUACUAAAUAUUGUCCUUCUGCAAUUUUGAAAAUAGCAUCUAUUAGAUGACCAAUACAGCUAAAUGACUUUUCCCAUCAUGCUCUCUUUCAUUUGGCCACUUCAAAUGUGUAUCAAAUGUAAAUCGUAUAGGGAUUAAUAAAGACUUCCCCCAUUUAAUUGUACCAGCUGAAGGGCAAAGUGAAGCUGAUGGAAUGAACACACUGUAAUUGUUGACUUAUCUACCUUUACGAGCCAGUGUACAUAAGAGUGUGUGGUUCUUUUUCUAAUGCAUAAAGCUUAAUAAAGCUCUUAAUCGCACUGAC